AUGUUAAGAGAACUCAUUGCUCCCGCACAAGAACAGGUCGCUUUCCGAGAAUAUGAAAGCCCACCCUUGCAAGCGAAUGAAAUUCGAGUCAAGAGCCAGUUUGGCGCAGCCAAACACGGUUCAGAGAUGGCAUCAUAUAAAGGUUAUGCAAGCCCACGCGGUGGCUACGAUUCGGAAUAUAAGGUCUUUCAAGCGAACACCUCCGGAAUGGUGCAUUAUCCUUCAGGACUUGGGAACAUGUGUGUUGGCACGGUAACUGAGAUUGGCGCGGACGUUACCGACUUUGAGGUCGGAGAUCGGGUUUUUCGGCACAGCUCCUUUCGCGAGGAAAAUGUUUGGGGUGCUGCAGGUGUCCGGAAACUUCCCGAUGGCGUUCCUUGGCAGGCAGCCGUCUGUCUGGAUCCAACAGAUUUUGCCCUCGGCGCGGUGCGCGACGGUCAUAUUCGCAUUGGUGAUGCCGUGGCAGUCUUUGGGCUUGGUGGAAUUGGAUUGGUGGCACUGCAGCUUGCUAAAUUGGCGGGUGCCUACCCUGUAAUUGGUGUCGAUCCACUCGAGUUACGCCGCAAUGUUGCCCUCGAAUGUGGUGCCGAUAUUGUCCUUGACUCCGCGACAGUUGAUGCUGGUUUGGAAAUUAAAAAAGCUACCAACAAGCGUGGUGCCGAUGUUUGUAUUGAAUAUAGCGGUCAUCAUACGGCACUGCAAGCGGCUAUCCGUGGCGUGGCUUAUUUAGGGACUGUUGUCGCUGGGGCAUGGCCCGGCAUCUACCCAACAGGGUUAGAUCUCGGUGCUGAAGCGCAUUUCAAUCGACCGACUAUUAUCUUUUCACGCGCUUGUAGUGAACCGAAUCCCGAAUAUCCAAAUUGGAAUGAAGGCAGACUCUUUGAAAUCAGCUGGCGGCUACUUUGCGAUGGUAGUCUAAAAUCUGAACCGAUUAUCCAUCCUGUUGUUGAUUUUGACGAUCUGUUGGACGAGUAUCCGAAGAUUGCGACGCACCCGGGUGAGAAUGUAAAGUUAGGCGUUCGAUUCGCAUAA